AUGGACUGUGAAGAUUCAGCCGAGAGUCAAAGUGCAUAUGAGAAUGUUUUCUGCAAUCCAGCUUUUGAACCCGAUGAAGACAAUGAGGACAACACAAGAAACUGUCAGAUCCACAUAUACUUUAAACCCGCUAAAGAGCCAGCUGUAGUAAAUGGCUGUGUGCUGACAGUACGAGCGUGUUUGGCUGAUCACAGAGCAGUGUUCGUGUCGGCCGCUGUGCUCUUCAUCUCCACUGUCCUGUGCAUCACGCUCAUCCUUCUUCUCAGACAAGUUGAGACUACUAAAGAAGAGACUUCACCUUCAGACACUUGGUUUGGAAACAGAGUUUCUGAAAACCUCUCUUUGAGUCCAGCUGCCCUCCAACCUACAUAUAGUCCCACAGUCCCUGUGCCUGGGAAAGAGCCUACAUUCACAAAAUGUGGUGGCAUGUUGAGCAGUGCAGGGGGCACUCUGAGCUCUCCCAAUCACCCAGGUGUGUAUCCUCCUGACUCUCACUGUGUGUGGGUGAUUCGGGUGUCUCCUCCGUCCCUCGUGCAGAUCCAGAUCUCGUCUCUGGCUAUUGAGGGACCUUCGCCCUGCCUGUUUGAUUGGCUAGAGGUCAGAGAGAAGACAGAGAAGUCAUCUGCUGUCACCAGAUUUUGUGGAAACGUUGCACCACCUACACUGAAUACAAACAGCAGUACUGUGCUGGUUUCAUUUCACUCUGAUGGAAGCAUUGGUGGCAAUGGGUUCAUCGCACAGUACCAUUCUAUAUUACCAGGACAGAGAAGUUGUUCCAGGGAAGAGUUUAUGUGUGACAGUGGUCAUUGUUUACUGCCAGUUUCCAUCUGUGACGGUCAACCAAACUGUCAGGACCGUUCAGAUGAGCUCAACUGCAGCCACAAGCACAAAGUGUGUGGAGGACAAAUAACAGGAGAAUAUGGAUCAUUGUCCAGUCCAAACCACCCAAAGCCUUACCCACAUCAACAGAUGUGUACGUGGGAAAUAUCAGUGGACGUUGGACAAGUUAUUCGAUUAAGUUUUCAGAAUUUCAGUCUGGAAGCGCAGGAUGUCUGUGAGUUUGACUAUGUGGAGGUUUAUGACGGUUCAGAGACAGCCGCCAACACUGCUCUGGGGAGGUACUGUGGGUCAGCGCUGCCUCCUGAUCUGACCUCUUCAGGACCUGUGCUGACUGUUGUGUUUGUGGCAGAUGAAGGUGUUGCCGACAGUGGCUUUUAUGCAGCGUUUCAGGCCAUAUCUCUGUCAGAAAGAACAUGCAGUCCAGCGCAGUUUGCCUGUCCCACCGGCGAGUGUCUCCAUCAGGACUGGUUGUGUGAUGGAUGGAGUGACUGUGCCGACGGUGCAGACGAGCACCACUGCAUUAACUCCACCUACCCUCCAUUCACUUCAUCUUGUGAGCUCAUCCAGGUUGAAAUGUGCAGAGGACUGAGCUACAAUCUUACAUCUUUUCCCAAUAUCUGGCUGUCUCUGUCGGAUCAGAGAGAGGCGGCCUCUAUUCUGCACAAGUACAGGGUGCUGGUGGAUCUGCCGUGUUUCGAGUCCUUUCGGCAGCUGGUCUGUGGGAUGUUUCUGCCCCGCUGUAGUCCUCAGAGCGGCGUCCUGCAGUUGUGUCAGUCUGUCUGCUCCACCGCCGAGCUGCAGUGCAGUCCCGCUCUCAGCCUGUUCAGCUUAAACUGGCCCUUCAACUGCCUCCUCCUGCCCGAUUCACAAGACCCCAUGGAGUGCUCCCUUCCGUAGGACCAGUGACUGAUGGAUGCACCACAACCUCA